AUGGCAACCUGGAUGUCCGACGAGGGCCUUGGGGCCAGAGAGUCAAUCUCUGAAACCCAUAUGCUAGUCACGGAGCUCUACAACCCUGCAAACCAACGAGACCCCGCCAGGAUCAACGAGAUCCAGACACGACUUCAACAACUUCAAAAGACUGAACAUGCGUGGGCAAUAGCUGAUUCUCUCCUGCAAAGCGAGAAUUCCCCCCAACAUCGCUUCAUGGGAGCACUCACCUUCACAGUGAAGAUCAAUGUCUCCUGGAAUGAGAUCAACGAGAACGCAGCCACAGAGAUAAUGCAACACCUCAUCAAUCGCUUUGUUGCUUUGGUCAACAAAGGUGAACAAGCAAUGGUCGUGAGGAAGCUCGCUUCAAGCCUAGUUGCCAUUUUUAGACACCCAGUGACACCGUGGAAGCAAGCUGUGUGGCAGCUUGCUGCAUGCCUCGCGCACGGUGGGCACAUAUCGGAGGAGGAAUCACAAGCGGUGGAUUUCCAGGGGCGCAUACUGCCGGCAUUGGGCAAGAACGGAUCAGGUGCAUUGUUAUUUUUCUCAACGGCGCUUGCUGAGGAGGCUUAUAGGCUGGACUCGGAACCCCAGGAUGGGGCUGGAGACAAACCUGCUAUCCAGCGCGCCAUCUUGAACAUCAAGGACGGACUACUUCUAGCCCAGUAUGUGCUACGAGAGAUGGCACAUCAUUCAAAGGUAGCUGGAGAUGAUGUUGUUGAUGGAGCGUUGGGGGCUGAAGCUAUGAGCUCUUGGAAGACGUGGCUAGGAGUACAUGGAAACCGUCAGCGCUCUUCGGCCGAAGAUGUCAAUGCCUUGGCUGUAAGCUGUGGCCAUACUAUCAUCGAAACACUCAGGGUUCCUAGCUUGAGUGAGAGCGCAGCUUCUAUUCUGACCCAGGCCUUCGAAACCCGGCGGUGGGCUUUUGACGAUAGCUCAAUCUGGCUGUUGUCCGAGAUUCUUGCUGAUUCAUUCGUCACAGCGCGCAUCGCUGCUGUGAGAAGUGGAGAAGAGGGCAAUGAGAGCAUGUCGUUUGUCGAUCUUUUGAUUGCCUACGUCUCGCACUUGCACUUGGGUGUCUUUAGUGACCCAAUUACCCCACAAAAUACAGCGAUUCUGGCCCUUGUGCAUAGCAUAUUUGAGACACCUGGAUAUGCUGCCAUUGAUGAUCUCGGUACCCCACGGGUAUUGGAGUUUUGGAAUGAGAUCGCGGAGAGCCUUCCCGAUGAACUGGAAGAAGGCAGCUCGAGGUAUCAGCUGGUGAAGUCCCAUAUAGCUCAAGUUGUGCUGAGACUUUCCGGUAAAUUGUUGUACCCUAGCCCCGAAGAUCUGGAAGAUUGGACCGAUGAAGAGCGGAGCGAAUUUGGCGCUUUCCGCCAUGAUGCUUGUGACUACCUCCUGUCGGCGUACCCAGUCCUUGGUGUUGAAUUGGUGACUGUUUUCCAGAGAAGUGCGACAUCUUACUUGGAGGCCCGGGACUGGCGCAACUUCGAGACUGCCAUAUUCUGCAUCGCUCAACUCUCAGAGGCUGUCGACGAAAAUGGUCACGCCGACCAAUGCCUGGAUGCUAUUUUCGGAAGUGACUCCUUUGCCCGGCUUUGCGCUGGUGGUGAGACAAACAUUCCACUUAAGGCUCGUCAGACCUUGGUGGAUUCGUUCGGGAAAUAUCAGUCGUACUUCGAACGCCAUAGCGCAUUACUUGCUGGUGUUCUGAACAUCUUGUUUGACUCUCUCAAUUACGAACUGUGUGCUCAAGCUGCUUCAAGAUCUAUCUUGACUCUAUCGAAGUCCUGUGCCCGGGUGUUGACACCGGAUCUUCCAGCAUUCUUAGAUCAGCUGGACCAGUUCAGAAGCAAGCCGACGGCGACUGUAUCUACGAUGCCGAAGGUCCUGGAAGGCAUUGCGACUAUCAUUCAGAACCUACAAACCGAUGAAGAGAAAGUGCAAACCCUAGAGAGAAUUCUCGGCUUCUUUGUUCAGGAAGCCAACACAGCGCGCGCUGAGGUUACCGGCCCUGAAUAUGAGUCUGGUCGUGCACGGGGCCACCUUGUAUUGAGCUGUAUUGCCAGUAUUGGAAGAGGCCUUCGUUCUGAAAAUGAUGAACCCAUCAAUAUCGACAGCCAAGCGGACGGCAAUCCUUACCCUCCGUCUUUCUGGAACGCUGGACCGGGUGCCGAAGCCCAAAGAUUAAUCAUGGAGGCUAUGCGACUUCUCAUUGUUGACUUUCCCGUGGAUAACAGCAUAAUUGAAGCAGCCUGCGAUAUCUUGAAAGCCGGAUACACAGAAACCGCAGGACUUUUCGUCUUUCCGCCUUCGAUGACGGUUGAUUUCAUCAAGAGCUUCCCUCUUGGUAUCUCGGGAACAGAUGUUAUUAUGGCGACGGCCUCAUCAUUCUUGGCAUCGCACGCCUCCCAUGCGAUGAACAUUCGUAGUGAAGCCGCAGCCCUGAUCGACCAUGUUGCCCAACUGUUUUCUUCGAUGCUCCAGAACCCGGAUCUCUACGAUCCAGAAACUGCAAACGCCGGUAUUGACUUCCUGGCACGUCUACUUCCCAAGUACUAUCCAAUUCUGUUUACUUCCGGACCAGAGCUCAGCCCGGAAUCCCCUCUCGUUGUGCUACUCCAUUUCACACUUCACGCAUUAACACGACCCGAGCCCCUUCCUCUCCGAUCCGCCUCGCUAUUUUGGAUUGCAUUCAUUGAUCUCCGCGGCAAUACCCAAGACCAAACCUCUAUCAUCGAAGCAGUCCACCAAGAAUUCAUCCCGCGCCUGUGCUACACCAUCGUCCAACAAAUUGCAGGCCAGUGCGCAAGAUCAGAUCUGGUUUCAUUGAAUGAUGCCCUCCGACGUACUAUUUUCAAGAAAAUGGUACUGGCUCGCCCGGCUCUAAAAGCUGCACUCGACGCUUUAAACGCGCAGGUCACAGACCCGAGCGGGCAGCAAGUGCCUCUUCUCUCAGCGCACGACAAAUCUCGAUUCCUGGAGUCCCUCGCUAUUGCUCGGGGUGCCCAGAAACAGUCACUUGAUAUUGUGCGUGCCUUUUGGUUGAAGUGCCGCGGAAUGAAUUUCGAUUAUGCUCAGUGA